CAAAAUUACAAAUGGAGGAAAUCAGUGUGACAAAUCUUAAUGUUGACAAGAAGGUGAAGUCAAGUCUUCAAGCUAGUGGAGUUACCACUUUGGCUGAUAUUGAGGAGGUCAAUUUUGAUAAACUGUAUGAGGAGAUACCUCCAGCCGAAAUUGUCAAGAUACCAGAAAUACUUAAUGAUGUUAAGGGAAUCUCGGAUCAUUUUAAGAAUUUACUGCAGAAGCAGCCGGUGAUUGCUAAAAGAAAGACACGUCAGGCUAUUAAUCUAAUCAGGUUACCUGAUCAAGAUCCUGACGAACUUGAGGAAGACCCAUUUCUGGAUGCAGUCUUUGGUCUUGGGGAAGUUACUGAGAUUGUCGGACCCUCUGGUUGCGGCAAAGGCCAAAUUGGCUAUCAGUUAUGUCUCAACGUUCAAACUCCGAAGGAGCUUGGAGGAAUAGAAGGAGAAGCACUCUAUUUUGACGCUAAUGGCGAUUUCUCAGCAGAAAGACUUCAAGAAAUGGCGAAAUAUUAUCGCAAAAAGCUGAUCAAAUCUCUUGGAAAAGAUAAAGAACUAGGAGAGAAACUGAAAGAAGAAUAUACAGAAGAGGAGAUCCUCAAUAGAGUUUAUUACUUCAGAAUAUUAGAUGAGGAUGAUCAGAUUCAGUCCUUUUUCAUGCUAGAAAAGAUUCUGGAGACCCAUAAGAAUAUUAAAUUGGUAUACUAUGAUCCUAUCACAAUUCAUCCAAGUAAGAAUGAGAAGCCCUAUCAGGAAAGGAAAAGAAUGGUUAACAAUAUGCUAGUGCACUUUCUUAAAUUAGCUAAGAAAUUUCAGGUUUGAUUUGUGCUCACUAAUAUCCUCAAGAGUGUAAGGAAAUAUGGCAAGGAACAAAGUGAGAAUAUCACAAGAUUAGAACCCAACUUCGGAGAAAUCUUAUUUCAAAGUUGAACUAAUAGAGUUCAUAUCGAUAGAGAUUCAAGGAUAGGAGAAGAUGUAUUCAAAGCUACUCUAACUAAAGGUAGCAUCUAUUACGAGCGUACGAAAGAGUUCCAAACCCAUUUUCAGGUGAAAGAAAGUGGAAUUGCCAGUAUUUUAAGUUAA